AUGUCGCCAUACAAGUUGGUAUUUGAAAAGGCAUGCCACCUUCCGGUUGAGCUAGAACACAAAGCACUGUGGGCACUGCAGCAGCUGAACUUAAACAUGGAGACAGCGGGCACCAACAGAGUUAAUGGGUUGCAUGAGCUUGAGGAAUUCCGGUUCCAGGCAUUCGAGAGUGCUAGACUAUAUAAAGAAAGGAUGAAACUGAUGCAUGACAAGCACAUCUUGGAUCGGAACUUCAAACCCGGAGAAUUAGUGCUGCUAUAUAACACAAGAUUGAGGCUGUUCCCGGAUGGGACGAACAAAUUCACAGUAAAUGGGCAGAGGUUGAAAUAUUACCUUGGAAUGACUGAAGAAAAAGCGGACAGCGUGGUGAUAACGUUGGAGAAGCCUGUGACCGCGACGGCGGAAAAUUCGACAUAUUCUGUCUCUGGGCACCGCGACCGCGGUGAAACACGCCUAAUUUGCCCGCCCAG